AAAUACCUUGGUAUGAGGCGAGCUAAAGGCUAUCAGUGUCGCACGUAGCUUUUCAUCUUAGGUAUCGGUUGGCAGUUGUCCAUAGGUUAUACACUCUCUUCCAAAGAUGGUGCGAACACAUUAUGGACCACCACGCUUGAAGCCCAGACCCUAUGAAGAUUCUCAUCGACACAAUGAAGGAAGUUACAACCCAAACUCAAAGAGUCGACGAGAUGACCAGGGAUAUCCUAACAAGUCCCCUCCUAGCUGGCGAGAAUCCAGAGGCAGAGGACGAGGCAGACCAGCACCAGUGGGCAGAAGGGUUCCUGAAAUGGGACCUCAACGGGAGCCACGAUUUAGUCACUGGAGGUCUCACAGUCAGGAUUCCUUCCAAUCCCACUCUCAUAAAAUGGACCAACAUCAUAGCCAUCGCAGGCAGUCUCCAUUGCGGCUGAACCGUACCCCUCAACAUCGCUCAUCCCCUCAUAACCCUCCACACAUACACCAGAGUCAAAGGGGUCCACCUUUUCACGGCCACCCUUCAGGUCAUAGGUCACCUUCCCCAAGACAUUUUCGUAGCCACCCAGCUGACAGGAGACCAGGAUCUGCGCCUCCCUACCGAGGAUCUUUUAGGGGAUACAGAAGACAGUCAAUUUUUUCUCCUCGAGAUCCUCAUCCAAGAGAAAGAGCCUAUGAACAGUCGGGUCAUGGCAUGAAGCGCUGGAAUGAACCUGGAUCGUUCUCUCAUCUGCACAAUGGAGAGCAUCGGCCCUCUGGGCCACAGAGGAGCCCCAGAGAGGUGCCAGGGAGAGGCUCAUGUACAGAGAGGUGGUCAACUCAACAAGAUUCCAGGAGGCAACGCGGUCCUGUGGAGAGGCAAGGCAGCAGAUCUCACAGUCGAGAGAGGGCACAAGAUGCCCCUCACCCGCCCGCCUACAGAGCCCCCCCAUGGAAAAGCGGCCCUCCACCACCAUCAUCACUCUACAGGAACCUUCCUGAGAGAAAUGUUUCAGGACCCCGCAAGAGGAGAAUAUCAAACAUCAGCAUGCCCUCUUCAGGCCCUGAACCGUAUUGUGGCAACCCGAAGUACCCUAGGAGAGAGAGACCCCAGCUGAUGAGUAUUCCCAGGCCAUUCGGUGGCCCACCAUUCGCCUUUAGGGGUAGAAGUUACCUAACCAGGGGCCGGGGGUUCAGAGCAGCGUCUCUCAUGAGGCUUAGAAUUCCUCCAACUAUAAGACCAAGGCCUCGUUUGGGCGAUAUUGCUGCACGGGGCCAUGUCAGCUCUGUUCUUGCCAUCAGGAAGAGACGUUUCCAGAUGAAGACUGAUCCCUUAAAAAACGAGGAACCGAGAAGGUUGACACCACAACAGUCUCCACCAGAAGAGGAUGACAAAGCCAGCAAAUCUUCAGGAGACUCUGACACAGGAAAAGAACAGGUGGAAUCACGCCGGUCGUUGAGCAAACACAGAUCUUCUCCUAUAGAGAAACGUGAUCUUGUUGUUUUGUCCCACUGGCCUCCGGGACCAAGCUCGUCCAAAGACGGCUCGCCUCUGAAAGGUCAGAGCCCAAAGUCGAGAACAGACCGCAGUUCAGAUGGGGAAAGCACAUCGCAUAGACGCCUCUCAACCGAUUCCAGAUCACCUGAAGACAGAAAACAUGGAUACAUAGAUAAAAGAGUAUUUAGACCCGAUCAUGAGUUGCAUGACAGACCUCAAAGGUUGUCUUUCAGGAGACCAGGACCAAUACAACGGCCCAGAAUUCCUGGUGGUUCAAGGAAUACGGGCCCAGACAUGUCGGAAAAUAUCAGAAGACCUCUGAUGGAGACUUUAGUUCCGCGUCCUUUUCCAAAUCAGAGACCAGUGUUCAGAAAAAGCUACAGCAUCGUGUCUAAAUACCGCAACAUGAGGGUGAUGCGUCAGCGUGCGCCUUACAGUAGACCCAAUCAGCAACGCUAGCGACAAACUGGCACCAAAUUGUGAUUGUGGAGCUGAGAAACACUGAAACCUCUAGUACAGAACUGCUCUAUGAAGGUGGACUGCACAAACCUGUACAGCUUCACCUCAUACCUGACCAGCUUGUAUGUUGUGAAAUUGUCCCUUCUAAGAUGUUAUCCCUGAUGUUUCAUUUGCUUCAUUUAACUACUGCUGUACUCAGUUUUAGAACGUUUCAAACUGUUACCUAUUUUAUAUAUACAUAUAUAUGGUUUGGGAACGUUUGCUUUAAAAGUCCUUGUAAGUCCUGGUUUUACUUCAAAUCUAUCAGUUUUUUUUUUUGUUUACAAGCAGCAAUCAAACAUUUACUUUGAUACAUGACUUUAUAAACUUGUACUGAUCAUGUCAGAGAUUCACUCUAAAUAAAACUAGAAAUGUAACAGUUUUUUUUCACAAAUCUGUUCGAUAUGGACUUGAUAGAUCAGUAUUACUUUGUUUACAAAAUAAAAUAAAGCUAAAAGUCGACAUUGUUCACUCUU